AUGUUUAGUUGGCUUUCAUCGAAGAGCUCAUCAUCAGGACCACCUGCCACCAAUGACAUGAAAAAGGUUGACCAGUUAGUGAGAAAAAUUGAGAUGUACUUCGACCGUCAACAUGAUAGACUCACGUAUCCGACGGAUCGAGAACUCACCAACAGAAAGCAAUACCUCACUGACAGAAUAUCAACUUUGGAUUGGAAGCAGGUAGAAAUAGUGCAGGACUUGAUUUUCAUACUGGAUAGCAAAGAAACAAGAUAUGCAUCGAUGCCGAUUCAAAAAAAAACCUUCAAAAAACCAAGUUAUUCCAACUGUAAUGAUGAAGAUGUUCUUUACAGUGACGUAAAAAAAAAUUUCGCAAGACCAUCACCAACAAAGUUAUCGACUUUACCAUUUGGAUACACUUCUCCUCUCUACAACUCCAACUUUUCAUCUCAGAACACCAACUCUAAAUAUGUGCCAACCGUGGGAUGCUAUAAUUCCUCAAUACCAAAAAGAGCAUCUUCUCCAAUUUCAGACGACUCACCACUAUUCUCAUUUGAUCUACCUUUAAAACCGUCCAAUGAGUUGGCAGAAUUUAACCAAAAAGAAAAUAUACUGAGAAAAUAUGACCAUGAACAUUCCCAAAAACAGUUCGAACAAGAACUGAAAAGUUUGGAGCUAAAAAGCAGAGAGAACAAAUUGGAAAUGGAUAAAAAUGCGGAAGAACGAGAAAAACUUGAGAUCUCAGAAUUCAAUGAAAAACGAAAUAAGCAAAAAGAAGAGCAUGAAAAAGAGAUCAAAAAGCGAAAACGGGAAAUGGAAAAUUUUCAGAGAGAAACAAAACGGCUCCAAGAUGAAUACAAAAGUGAAUGGAGAGCAAAUACAUCAGUGUUCAUAGACUGUGUUUUAAUGAAACAAAAGUUUGAGGAAAAAGAAGAAGAGUGGGCGAUUUGGUUAAAGACUUUGAGGAAAGCUGUGGAUAAUUCAAGGUUGCGAUUCGCCAUAUUUGAAUCCAACAUUGAAAUUUUGGAUACGGGCGUUGAAGAUUAUGAUGGUCUUUUAAUUAACGAGCUCAACUAUCUUUAUAGCUCAACUUUAUCCGUCUACGAUGUAGCUUAUGAUCAUUGGGCAACUGUCAAACAGCUAUUUAACCGAUUUCCAGAAAAAGUUUUUCUUGGAAUACUUUGUAAUAAUCUUGUGGAUACUUGUAACCGGAUAUACACGGUUUUAAUUCAAAUUGACAAUUACAAGAUCAACAAAGCUUCACUCUACCACGUUCAACAAGCAUUCAUUAGUUUGAAUAAUAUGGAGAUACCAAAUACAACCCAAUUGAGAGAGCAAGCUCAGAGAGAAAACUCGUACUCCCUGAAAACCGGCAAAGAUCCCCUUGUCUAUGAAAGAAAAUCCACUGUAAAAAUUGAAGAAAUGAGUUAA